UUUACUUUGACAUGUUGUUCAACUUUUGUCGUCUGUGCUCCGCAGUAGCUACUCAACCAGAGUAGUUUGAUUUUUUUUAUACAGGGAAAGCUACUCAGACACACACUUACGUGGGAAAAAUGCCUCUGAGGUUGGACAUCAAGAGAAGGCUGACAGCUCGAUCAGAUCGCGUGAAGAGCGUGGAUCUGCAUCCCACUGAGCCGUGGAUGGUGGUCAGUCUCUACAGCGGCACUGUUGUUGUCUGGAACCAUGAGACUCAGAUGAUGGUGAAAACCUUUGAGCUGUGUGACCUGCCUGUAAGAGUGGCGAAGUUUGUAGCCAGGAAACACUGGAUUGUCACUGGAGCUGAUGACAUGCAGAUCCGUGUGUUCAACUACAACACUUUAGAGAGAGUUCACAUGUUUGAAGCUCACUCUGACUACAUCCGCUGUGUGGCUGUGCACCCAACACAGUCCUUCAUCCUCACCAGCAGUGAUGACAUGUAUAUCAAACUAUGGAACUGGGACAAGAAGUGGGCGUGCAGUCAGGUGUUUGAGGGACAUACUCACUAUGUCAUGCAGAUUGUCAUUAACCCCAAAGACAACAACCAGUUUGCCAGUGCCUCUUUGGACAGAACUAUUAAGGUGUGGCAGCUGGGCUCCAAGACUCCUAAUUUCACUCUUGAGGGUCAUGAGAAAGGAGUGAACUGUAUUGAUUACUACAGUGGAGGAGACAAGCCAUACCUUAUAUCUGGGGCUGAUGACCACCUGGUCAAGAUCUGGGAUUAUCAGAACAAAACUUGUGUUCAAACCCUGGAGGGUCAUGCGCAGAAUGUGACAUGUGUCAGCUUCCACCCUGCGCUGCCAAUCAUCCUUACAGGCUCUGAGGACGGUACCAUUCGUAUAUGGCACUCCAACACCUACAGACUAGAAAACACGCUCAAUUAUGGCAUGGAGCGGGUGUGGUGUAUAUGUGCCCAGCAUGGAUCUAAUUGUGUUGGUCUGGGCUAUGACGAAGGCAGCAUCAUCAUCAAACUGGGUCGGGAGGAGCCAGCCAUGUCCAUGGAUUCCAGUGGGAAAGUUAUGUGGGCUCGUCACUCUGAGGUGCAGCAGGCUAACUUGAAGGUGCUGGGGGAGACUGAGUUACAGGAUGGAGAGAGGCUCCCACUUGGCGUCAAAGAUAUGGGCAGCUGUGAGAUUUACCCACAGACUAUCCAACACAGCCCCAAUGGAAGAUUUGUGGUGGUUUGUGGGGAUGGGGAAUAUAUCAUCUAUACAGCAAUGGCCUUGAGGAAUAAGAGUUUUGGCUCCGCACAUGAGUUUGUUUGGUCACAUGACUCUUCACAGUAUGCCACCAGGGAAGGCAACACUAUGGUAAAAAUAUUUAAGAACUUUAAACAGAAGACAACUUUUAAACCUGAUUUAGGGGCUGACAGCAUCUUUGGUGGAUUCUUACUGGGUGUGAGGUCAAACAGCGGCUUGACUUUUUAUGACUGGGAGAAUGCUGAUUUGAUUCGUCGGAUUGAAAUCCAGCCUAAGCAUAUCUUCUGGUCCGACUCUGGGGAACUGGUGUGUAUUGCUACGGAGGAGUCUUUCUUUGUGCUGCGUUACCUUCCAGAACGAGUCUUAGCAAUCCAAGAGUCAAAGGCAAAGAUGACGGAAGACGGAGUUGAGGAUGCCUUUGAGGUACUGGGGGAGGUCCAGGAGAUGGUGAAGACAGGUGUAUGGGUGGGCGACUGCUUCAUCUACACCAGCUCUGUUAACAGACUCAACUACUAUGUUGGAGGAGAGAUCAUCACCAUUGCUCAUAUGGACAGGACCAUGUAUUUGCUGGGCUACAUUCCAAAAGAUGACCGUCUCUAUCUUGGAGACAAAGAGCUCAACAUUGUCAGUUAUUCCCUGCUACUCUCCGUACUAGAGUAUCAAACAGCUGUCAUGAGGAAGGAUUUCAGCACAGCUGACAAGGUUUUGCCAACAAUUCCGAAGGAACAGAGAACCAAGGUUGCCCACUUCCUGGAGAAACAGGGUUUCAGGCAGCAGGCACUUGCUGUGUCCACUGAUCCUGAACAUAGGUUUGAACUUGCUCUGCUGCUGGGGGAGCUCAAGACAGCUUACGAUCUAGCUCUGGAAGCAGAGUCAGAGCAGAGAUGGAAGCAGCUGGCAGAACUCGCCACUACAAAGUGCCAGUUUAGCUUGGCUCAGGAGUGCCUGCACCAAGCACAGGAUUAUGGGGGAUUAUUGCUACUGGCAACCACCUCUGGCAAUGUGGAGAUGGUUGGCAAGCUGGCUGAGGGGGCAGAAAAGGAGGGGAAGACCAACAUUGCCUUCCUUACCUAUUUCAUGCAGGGAAAACUGGACAAAUGUCUUGACCUGCUUAUUAAAACAGAUCGACUACCGGAGGCCGCAUUCCUUGCAAGAACAUACAUGCCCAGCCAUGUCUCAAGGGUGGUGAAACUGUGGAAAGAGAAUCUGUCCAAGGUUAAUCAGAAGGCAGCAGAUGCUCUAGCUGACCCAACCCAGUACAGCAACCUGUUCCCUGACCACCAGCAAGCCCUGCUGGCUGAGCGGUACCUGAAGGAGACUCAUGUCAGGGUCAGAUCUGCUGCAGAGUAUCCACUCGUCAUGCCUAACGAGGAUCGACAUGUUCUGGAGGAGGCUGCAGGAUUUAUGCCCAAAGGAGAAAUAAAUUAUCCACAGGAAGAGGAGAAGAGAAUGAGUGGAGCACUCAUUGCACCUGUGGUGAUGGAAAUGGCUCCUCCAGAUGCAGAAAGAGAGAAGGAGAAGCCCAUUCAACCAAAACUGGAGCCCGGUCAUAUACCUGUGUCAGUGGCAGAAGAACAAUAUGUUGUGACAGAGGAGGACACACCUCCUCUUCUUGAAAAUGAGGAACGGUUUGAGCCAAACCAAGAACAAUCUGUGUUGUGUGAUGUGGAAGAUGUGAAAGAGGACAACAAAGUGAAAUCAGAGACUUUAGUCACUGCAGAGGCAUGCUUCACACAUGAGUCCAGUACUGACAUUGUAAUUACAGAGACGGAGACGGAGGCUGCAGAUUUUAUGCCCAAAGGAGAAAUAAAUGAUCCACAGGAAGAGGAGAAGAGAAUGAGUGGAGCGCUUAUUGCACCUGUGGUGAUGGAGAUGGCCCGUCCAGAUGCAGAAAGAGAGAAAGAGAAGCCCAUUCAACCAAAACCGGAGCCCGGCCAUAUACCUGUGUCAGUGGCAGAAGAACAAUAUGUUGUGACAGAGGAGGACACACCUCUUCUUCUUGAAAAUGAGGAACGGUUUGAGCCAAACCAAGAACAAUCUGUGUCGUGUGAUGUGGAAGAUGUGAAAGAGGACAACAAAAUGAAAUCAGAGACUUUAGUCACUGCAGAGGCAUGCUUCACACAUGAGAGCAGUACUGACAUUGGAAUUACAGAGACGGAGAUGGCACAGGUCGGUUCAGUUAAAGAUGUAAGCUCAUCUGUUGAGAUCACUAUUCAGGCGGCAAUUCCAACAGCGGAAUCUCAGCCUUCCACCUGUAUUUCUGAAAGUGAAACCAUUUUGACAACCGAAGAGACAGUUGAAGUUGAGGAUGAUGUCGUUAACAAUGAUGUGCCAAUUGAUACUGCAAUUGCAGCAGAAUCUGUAGAAAGUGAGAAGGUCUUGAGCUGGGAUGAACUGGAACCAGAAAUCGUCCUCUCUGAAACAGCUGCCCUAAUGAACGAAGCAGCUAAGGAAACUUCUGAUGCAAAGGACUUUGUUCAAGAAACAGUCACAGCACAGCCACACAAACCAAUAGAGGAGCUCAUCUCUUUCAGUCCAGUUGAUAUACCCGUCACAGUUGAAGGUUUUACAGAUUUGACCAUUUAUCCAUCAGAAUACUCAGUUGAAAAUGUAUUGAUGGCGCAAAAGAACCCCCCCCUGACACUGCUAGUUCAAACAGAGGACAAGAGACAGCAGGGGGAGGCUCACCAAACUAAACCAGAGGUUUCUGACCCAGAAGCUCUCUCAGUGAGGAAUGUUGACAAGGAGGCUGCAGGCUCAUUUGGCGCUGAGAACCUUGAAGCAGAGGUGAAUGAUGAGGUAGAUCGCAUGUUUCAAACCAUUUAG